AUGCGCGUGACGUGGCGACGCGCACUUCAGGCGGCACGAGCGGUGCGCAAUGUGGUUGAGGGGCAGUGGGCGACCGCGCACUAUCUGAAGCAGCCGCGCGACAGGGAUGCACGCUGGGCGCGCGUGGACAUGCGUGCCGAGGUGGAGAGCUACGACGUGGUUGUUGUGGGCGCAGGGCCGGCCGGCCUCGCAGCCGCCAUUCGACUGAAGCAGAUCGCCAAGCACAAAAACACUGAUGUGCGCGUUUGUGUUGUUGAGAAAGGCGCUGAGGUGGGUGCGCAUACAUUGUCCGGUGCGGUGAUUGACGUACGAGCGCUGGACGAGCUGUUCCCGAGCUGGAAGCAAAUGGGAGCACCGGUUUACCAGAAAGUCACCUCGGAGUCUUUGGCAUUUUUGACGAAGAAGAAUCGCUAUUCGUUGCCGCUAACACGUGGGAAUCCGCUUGAAAACAGGGGAAAUUACAUUAUCAGAUUGGGUUAUUUGGUGAAGUGGCUUGGGGAGAAAGCAGAAGAGAUGGGCGUGGAAGUUUAUCCAGGAAUAGCAGCCCAAGAAGUGCUCUUCCAUGACGACGAAAGUGUGAAAGGUGUAGCAACUGCAGACGUGGGAAUAACCAAAGAUGGUGCGCCAAAGGAGAAUUUUCAACGAGGUAUGGAGUUGCAUGCAAAGUGUACAAUAUUUGCUGAAGGCUGUCGUGGUCAUCUUGCCAAUUUGCUGAUGCAUAAAGAGAAUUUUCAACGAGGUAUGGAGUUGCAUGCAAAGUGUACAAUAUUUGCCGAAGGCUGUCGUGGUCAUCUUGCCAAUUUGCUGAUGCAUAAAUACCACUUGCAAGAAGAUUCAGCCCCAAUGACCUACGGCCUUGGUUUCAAGGAGUUGUGGUUGAUUGAUAAGUCGAAGCACAAGCCCGGUUAUGUUGAGCACACUAUUGGAUAUCCGCUGGUGAGUUCCUUCUGGCCGUUUUACACACUUUGAAA